GGACCCAUUAGCUGGCGUAAGAAUAAUAGCUGAGCUCAGACAGGUCUGGGACUGAACCCGGCAGACGCCUGAAUGCAGCACUGAGGAGGUUCUGGUGGGCCGGCAGGAUGGCCUCUGAUUAUAACCCCUACUGUCAGUUCACGCGGGUCUGGAUCCCGGACCAGGAUGACGUGUGGAAAGCGGCUGAGAUCACCAAAGACUACAAAGAGGGAGAACCGGUCCUCCACCUGCAGCUGGAGGAUGGAACGCCCCUGGAGUACCAGGUGGGUCCGAAAUCCAACGCGCUGCCGUUCCUGAGGAACCCCGACAUCCUGGUGGGAGAGAACGACCUGACGGCGCUCAGUUACCUUCAUGAACCCGCCGUGCUGCACAACCUGAGGGUCCGGUUCCUGGAGUCCAACAACAUCUACACCUACUGUGGUAUCGUCCUGGUGGCCAUCAACCCGUACGAACAGCUGCAGAUCUAUGGAGAGGAGGUGAUCACCGCCUACAGCGGUCAGAACAUGGGAGACAUGGACCCUCACAUCUUCGCCGUGGCCGAGGAGGCGUACAAACAGAUGGCCAGAGACGAGAAGAAUCAGUCGAUCAUCGUUAGCGGAGAAUCCGGAGCAGGAAAGACGGUUUCGGCCAAGUAUGCCAUGAGGUACUUUGCCACGGUGGGCGGCUCCUCCAGCGACGCCAACGUUGAGGAGAAGGUCCUGGCCUCAAAUCCAAUCAUGGAGGCCAUUGGGAACGCCAAGACCACCAGGAACGACAACAGCAGCCGCUUUGGGAAGUACAUCCAGAUCGUGUUCAGCAGGCAUUACCACAUCAUCGGAGCCAACAUGAGGACCUACCUGCUGGAGAAGUCCCGCGUCGUCUUCCAGGCAGAAGAAGAGCGGAACUAUCACAUCUUCUACCAGCUGUGCGCCUCGGCCACUUUACCCGAGUUUAAGGAGCUCGGCCUCACGAGUGCAGAGGACUUCACCUAUACCUCUUUAGGGGAGAACAUCUUCAUUGAAGGAGUAAAUGAUGCUGAGGACCUUAAACGGACCAGAGAGGCCUUCACCCUACUGGGUAUAAAGGAGAGCAAUCAGAGCGGCAUCUUUAAGAUCUUGGCCUCCAUCCUUCACCUGGGGAAUGUGGAGAUCAUCUCUGAGCGUGACGGAGAGUCCUGCCACGUCGGUAGGAACGACGUCCACCUGGAGCACUUCUGCAGACUUCUGGGCGUGGAGCUGAAGCAGAUGGACCACUGGCUGUGCCACAGGAAGCUGGCCACCGCCUCGGAGACCUAUGUGAAGACCAUGUCGUGCAAACAGGCGAACAAUGCGCGUGACGCUCUGGCCAAGCACAUCUAUGCCCGCCUCUUCGACUGGAUCGUGGAGCACAUCAACAAGGCGCUGCAGACGUCCUCCAAGCAGCACUCCUUCAUCGGCGUCCUGGACAUCUACGGCUUCGAGACCUUCGAGGUCAACAGCUUCGAGCAGUUCUGCAUCAACUACGCCAACGAGAAGCUCCAACAGCAGUUCAACUCUCACGUCUUCAAGCUGGAGCAGGAGGAGUACAUGAAGGAGCAGAUCCCCUGGACCCUCAUCGACUUCUACGACAACCAGCCCUGCAUCGACCUGAUCGAGGCCAGGCUUGGCAUCCUGGACCUGCUGGACGAGGAGUGCAAGGUUCCAAAGGGAACGGAUCAGAACUGGGCCCAGAAGCUCUACAAGCAGCACUCUGGCAGCGCACACUUCCAGAAACCCAGAAUGUCCAACACGUCCUUCAUCAUCAUCCACUUCGCCGACAAGGUGGAGUAUCAGUGUGAAGGUUUCCUGGAGAAGAACAGAGACACCGUCUAUGAGGAGCAGAUCAACAUCCUGAAGGCCAGCCAGUUCCAACUGGUUGCUGACCUGUUCCAAGAGAAGGAUGACCUUCCCUCCUCCAAAUCCUCCAAGGUCAACGUCCGCUCCCUGAAAACCGUCCCCAAGGUUCCCAACAAGGAGCACAGAAAGACUGUGGGACAUCAGUUCCGCUCGUCGCUGCAUCUCCUAAUGGACACUCUGAACGCCACAACGCCUCACUACGUCCGCUGCAUCAAACCCAACGACUUCAAGGAGGCCUUCUCGUUCGACUCGCGGCGGGCCGUCCAGCAGCUCCGAGCCUGCGGAGUUCUGGAGACGAUCCGGAUCAGCGCCGCCGGGUAUCCGUCCAGGUGGACCUACCCGGACUUCUUCAGCAGGUACCGGGUUCUGAUGAGGAAGUCGGACCUCAGCUCCGCCGAUAAGAAACAGGUUUGCAAGAACCUGCUGGAGACGCUGAUAAAGGAACCGGACAUGUUCCAGUUUGGAAAGACGAAGAUCUUCUUCCGGGCCGGUCAGGUGGCCUACCUGGAGAAGCUCCGGACCGACAAGUUCCGCUCGGCCUGCAUCAAGAUCCAGAAGACGGUCCGAGGCUGGCUGCAGAGGAUCCGGUACCGGAAGAUCCGCAGAGCCGCCCUGGAGCUGCAGAGAUACGGCCGGGGAUACCUGGCCCGCAGGUAUGCGGAGUUCCUGCGUCAGAACCGGGCCGCCCUAAUCUGUCAGAAACAGUACCGCAUGGUCCGAGAGAGGAGGAAGUUCCUGAGGAUCCGACGGGCCGCCAUGACCAUCCAGGCCUACACCAGAGGGAUGUUCACCCGCAGGAUCUACUGGGAGUUCCUGCUGCACCACAAGGCCAUGAUCAUCCAGAAGCACGUCCGCGGCUGGCUGCAGAGGAAGAAGUUCCUGCGGGCGCGCAACGCCGCCAUCGUCAUCCAGUGCGGCUUCAGAAGGAUGCAGGCCAAGCGGCUCCUGAAGCAGCGGAAGAUCGAAGCGCGCUCCGCACAGCAUCUGAAGAAGCUCAACACAGGGAUGGAGAACAAGAUCGUCCAGCUGACGAGGAAGAUGGACGAGCAGUCCAAGGAGCUGAAGACGCAGAACGAGCAGCUGCUGACGGUGAACGCCUCCCUGGGCUCAGAGGUCACUAAGCUGCAGAAGGAGCUGGAGUUGGUCCGGAACCAGCAGCCCGACGGAGGCAAGGUGAUGUCACUACAGGAGGAGGUGGAGAAGCUGAGGGAGGAGCUGCAGGAGGCGCACACCCAGAGGAAGAAAAUGGAGGAGGAGCACGGCAGUGAGAAGCUGAGCCUCACUCAGCGGGUGGAGGAGCUGGAGAGGGAGAACUCCCUGCUGAAGACUGAGAAGGAGGAAAUGAACCGACGGAUCCAGCAGCAGGCCAAGAACUCUGCAGAGGACCUGAGCAGCUCGUCCCUGGAGACGGAGCUGGACCAGGAGCGAGAACGCUACCAGAACCUCCUGAAAGAGUUCUCCAGGCUGGAAAUGAGAUAUGAGAACCUGAAGGAGGAGGUGUCCCUGAGCAAGUUCCACCCCGGCCACCGCAGGACCACGUCUGACCAGAUCAGCCUGGAGUCCGACUCCAACUACCCGUCUGUCUCCACCUCCGAGGUGGGAGACACCGAGGACUCCAUCCAGCUGGUGGACGAGAUGGGGGUGGAGAAGGCGGCGAUGGACAUCAGUCUGUUCAUGAAGCUGCAGAAACGAGUCAGAGAGCUGGAGACGGAGAGGAAGAGGCUGCAGGUCAACCUGGACAAGAUGGAGGAGAUCGCCAAGCGUAAGGGUUCUGAGGCCAAGAGCCCAACUUCUGACGUGGAAACUGCAGAUCUGGCCUACAACAACCUGAAGAGACAGGAGCUGGAAUCGGAAAACAAGAAGCUAAAGAACGACCUGAACGACCUGAGGAAGACCAUCUCUGAGCGAGCAUCGCAGGACAGCUCGUCCAAUGAGCUGCAGGACAGCUACAACCUGCUGCUCAGUCAGCUGAGGGCAGCCAACGAGGAGCUCGACGCCCGUAAGGAAGAGGUCCUUAUCCUGAGGACGCAGAUCGUGAGCAACGUCCAGCUGCAGGAGCAGAGCGAACGCAUCGAAAGUGAGGUUGAUGGAGGACUGAACAACAGCAAAGAGCCAAUGGACAAAGAGGAGGCCCUCAAAGCGUACCAUGGACUGUGUGAGUCCAAGAAUAACCUGCAGGACUGGUGUCUGCUGAACGAGGACGGGGAGCUGGGUCUGGCCUACCAGGGUCUGAAACAAGUAGCCAGGCUCCUGGAGGCCCAGCUGCAGACCCAGACCCGGCAGCACCGGGACGAGCUGGAGGCUCUGCACACCCAGAUCGAGCUGCUGAAGGACGACAUCGAGAAAAAGCAGGAGCUCCUCAACUACACCUCGUCUCUGUCCCCGGAGGCCAAGGUGGAGUACAGCGUCCAGCAGGAGAUCACUCGGCUCACCAACGAUAACCUGGACCUCAAGGAGCUGGUGGAGAAACUGGAGAAGAACGAGAGGAAGCUAAAGAAGCAGCUGAGGAUCUACAUGAAGAAGGUCCAGGAGCUGGCAGCAGCUCAGGCUGCGGCUCAGAGCGGCAGCAGCAAGGGGGAGCUGACCCGGCAGGUGACCCUGCAGAGGAAGGAGAAGGACUUUGAGGGGAUGCUGGAGUACAUGAAGGAGGACGAGGUGCUGCUCAUCAAGACGCUCAUCACAGACAUCCGGCCCAGCUCGGUGGCGGCCACCGUCCCCUGCCUGCCCGCCUACAUCCUCUUCAUGUGCAUCCGCCACGCCGACUACGUCAACGACGACCAGAAGGUGGAGUCUCUGCUCACCUCCACCAUCAACGCCAUCAAGAAGGUCCUGAAGAGAAACAACGACGACUUUGAGAUGAUGUCCUUCUGGUUGGCCAACAGCAGCCGGCUGCUGCACUGCCUGAAGCAGUACAGCGGGGAGGAGGCCUUCAUGACGCAGAACACGCCCAAACAGAACGAGCACUGCCUGAAGAACUUCGACCUGGCCGAGUACCGGCAGGUCCUGAGCGACCUCUCCAUCCAGAUCUACCAGCAGCUCAUCAAGGUGGCCGAGGGCAUCAUCCAGCCCAUGAUCGUGUCGGCCAUGUUGGAGAGCGAGAGCAUCCCCAGCCUGGCAGGAGUCAAGCCCAUGGGCUACCGGAACCGCUCGUCCAGCAUGGACACGGACGCGGACGGGCCGACCACCUACACCCUGCAGGGUCUGAUCCGGCAGCUCAGCCAGUUCAACAGCAUCAUGAGGGACCAGGGUCUGGACCCGGAGAUCGUGGGCCAGGUGUUCCGGCAGCUCUUCCACUGCAUCAACGCCGUCACCCUCAACAACCUGCUGCUGCGCAAAGACGUCUGCUCCUGGAGCGCCGGCAUGCAGCUCAGGUAUAACACCAGUCAGCUGGAGGAGUGGCUGCGAGCGAACAACCUGUUCCAGAGCAAAGCUUCUGCCACGCUGGAGCCCAUCAUCCAGGCGGCUCAACUGCUGCAGGUCAAGAAGAAGACUUCCCAGGACGCUGAGGCCAUCUGCUCACUGUGCACCGCGCUCACCGUGCAACAGAUCGUGAAGAUCCUGAACCUCUACACGCCUCUGAAUGAGUUUGAGGAGCGCGUCACCGUGUCCUUCAUCAGGAACAUUCAGAGUAACCUCCAGGAGAGGAACGACCCUCCCCAGCUCCUGAUGGACACCAAGCACACUUUCCCCGUCCUCUUCCCCUACGCCCCCUCUGCUCUGAACCUGGAGACCAUGCACAUCCCCGCCUCGCUCGGCCUGGACUUCCUCAUCAGGGUGUGA